AAGGCGCGCCGCGCCGCGCCGCGCCGCGCCGGCGCGAUGGAGGACUACUCCGCGUGGCCGGUCCGCGCCCUGAAGGCGGAGCUGCAGGCGCGAGGCGUGCCAUGCGGGGACUGUACGGAGAAGCGCGAGCUCGUGGAGCGGCUGCGCAGCUCGCCUUCGGGGGCGAGGGGCGCGCCCGCGGCCGCGGCCGCGGAGAGCUCUGGGGCGGCGCCGGGCGCACGGCAACCGCAGGACAACGUUGGCCCUGAGACCAGCGAGGUGCGCCGGGUGCUGGAAUGCUCGCCGACAGAUUACUACCGGAUAUUGCAGGUGUCGAGCUCUGCGGACGCCGACGAGCUGAAGAGGGCUUAUCGCAAAUUGGCUAUCAAGCUUCACCCCGAUAAGUGCAACGCGAGGGGCGCCGACGAGGCUUUCAAGCGCGUGGGGCAGGCCUACACCAUUCUCAGCGACCCGCGCAAACGAACUGCUCACGACUGGGGAGGCGGCGGCGCCGACGGCGCUGGCGCUGCGGCCGGGCGUGGCCCCAUGUUCGGCGACCAGGACGCUGAGGAGCUCUUCCGCGCCUUCUUCGGCGAUCCCGGCGGAGCUGGCGGCCCCUGCGCGGGCGGCGGGCGCCGAGGCGCGGGCGGAUCGAGCGUCUCCCCCGCCACGGCGACGGACAUUGCGGAACGAGCUGCGGGCCUGUUUGCGCGGCUGAGCAAGACGUUUGCGCAGAACCCCUGGACGCUGGUGACGCUACUGAGUGGCUUGGCGUCCCUGGUCAGCUUUAUGGAGACCUUGACGACACUACUUGGUGGCUGGUGUAUUGUCGCGAUUCCCUUUGCUGCGAUCGGGCUGUACAAGUGCCCGCCCGACCAGCGGCGAAACUUGGGAGUCUUGUUCGGUGUACUGCUCUGCUCUGGAAUUCUUUUCUAGCCGCACGGACGGUGGCUCCACCACCCGUGCCUGCCGGGAGCCCUGAGACGGGGGUCAGUUCAAACGGGGAUCAGCCGGAGCGCCUGACCUUGCAGGAUCCUGCAGGGCCCGGGGUGCAUUGACCCGGGCUUGUGCGAUCCUGCAGGAUCCCGCGGGCUCUUGGCACUCGCCUGACUGACUCGCGUUGGCGCUCGCCUCGGUCCGUGCGUCCCCGAGCCUGGUGGGCAGUGGUCAGUGGUGCCCGGCAGCUCCUCCACCCGCCGACUGAGCCAGGCCGAGGCGCUCCCGGCGCCCCAGGCCGGCCCCCCCCCCCUGCGGCGGGUCCGCGCUGCGCGCCGGUCGCCCGCCGGGCCGCCCUCCCGAGCACGCGCGGAGCCUGCCGACCGCGCUGCGGCACUGCGGCGCGGCGCGGUCGGAAACUCUAUGGGAGGCACAGAGACAUACUAGUACUAUAUGUCCUCCUUGGAGGCGAGCGUCCGACCCGA